UUGUUAUUUGCUUGAGAUGAGCAACCAAGUAAGCAAACUGUUUAUUUUUAUUGAACGUGACGGUCGGCAGAUAUACCAAUUUGCUGUUGCCACAGUUUGUUUGUGUCGCCUGUUUUUCACAUAUCGCACGACCAAAGUGUUUGUGUCGUGUUUUUUUUGUGUCAUUGUUUCGUUUCGGGGCUGCUCUUCGAUAAUCGCAAAAAUUGUUAUUUACAUACCGAGUUCAAGCACUUUGAAUCGAAUUGUGUAUGAGUUGUUUUAUUCGGAUGAUUUUACAUUCCAUAAAUAAAUCGCAAGCAGAGGGAACAAAUGUAACUCUGACCGAACGAAUAGACAAGACGAAGGAAAAAUUGAAUACGAAAAAAAAUAUCGACUGAAUUUUGAUAAAUAUUCAAUUUAUUGAAGCAUACAAAGCAAGCGAUUCGACUACAAACGGCGUGAUUAUCGCAAGACGAAGUAGUGUUACUGAUCCUACGUCCCGAGUGAAAGUCGAUAACGAGCAAAUCAACUGAGAAAUAACUCACGCUACGAGACUGAAACAAUUUUCUUUUUCGAAUAAAAAAAGUGAAAAUAUAGUGUUAAAUCGUUCCGCACAAAAGCAAUCAAAUUCGACGCAAAAUUUGCAUUUGAGAGCGGCAUUAUUAACAGACAAUCUAUACAAAAGACUUGACAGAGGAAAAUACUCCAAACGAAAUUCUCAGACGAAUAAUUUAUCAAGAGAUUUUCAUCUGAACGAUCCCAUGCAGUUUUCCACCGAAAUGAAUUCCAUUGACAUCUACAACGCAAUGAUGACACAACACAAAAGCCGUGACCAAAACAGUAAUUUUUAUCACCCUAAAAAAGGUUCAUCUGAAGAAGAAUCGGCUGCAAUUCGAAUGCGUUUUCCAACCAAAAUUCCGAUUAUUGUUGAACGAUACUCCAAAGAGACGGACUUGCCGCAAUUGGAAAAGCGUAAAUUUUUGGUACCCCAAGAAUUCACGAUGUCACAGUUCGUCUCGAUCAUCCGCAGUCGCAUGAAGGUCGGCCCAAGCAAAGCCCUAUUCUUCUUGGUCAACAACCGUUCGUUGGUAUCGCUGAGCAAAACAUUGGCCGAAAUUUACGCUGAAAAUCGAAGCGACGACGGUUUCCUCUACAUUCAUUAUGCCUCACAGGAAGUCUUCGGUUAAUGAAACAAAACAAAAAAACUGGCGAUUCAUAAACAAUAUCUAUACCUUUUUUCACAUUUAUAGUCUAAUAUUUUCGAAUGAAACCAUAUAUAUUUCCAAUUUUGUUGCUGUGUAUGUGUGUGUCGGAUCCGCUCAAGAUACGAACGGCAAAUCCGAAAAACCAGCAAAAAGAAUAGACCAAAUAUUAUGGCCCGAAAACAUUUUUAAUGUGCGAUGAAAACAAAACAAAAACCAUCGAAUAUCGCCUAUUAGAGACAGGGAAAAGAGACUAUUUUGAGCAUCUGCGCGAAACGUGCGCUUAUCACCAAACAAUCGCAUAUGAUAGAAAUGUUUGCAAUUCACACAUUUAUAAAAAAAAUGUACUAUCAGCAUAAGUCAUGUGACUGUGGUUUUUUAGCAAAGCUGUCGAUUAACAUUUAACAUCUGACUGGCACACACUUGAACGCCAUGCUCUAAUCCAUACCGUGAAACAAUUCAAGAUUAGUCCAAGAACAAACAGGAAAAAAACGAACGAAAAAUAAUGAAACAAUACUAAUCGCGUUAAAUUGUUCUAUUAAUAAUAACAGGCAUAGCAUUUUUAUUAGUUAGAUUGUCCUAUAGGACGUUUAAUCGAAGAGAAGGCAUAACGAUUAUCGAGCAAUGUUUGAAUUAUGAUUAUUAUUUUCUAUGGUAUUUUUAUGUAUAUUUUUGAUGAUGUAAAUUUAACAAGUAUUAGCCAUGUAUUUUGCAUUUAACGACAUAUUCGCAUUAUUUCAUGUAAAUGGAUGCAGUUUCAACAGAUUAACCAUGAAUAAUUGUCCAAUUUUUUAACAUAGAAUACGGAAAUAAAUUUAAUAUGUGAAAUUAUCUGAAAAUACUUAGGAUAAGCCACAUGAAAUGUUAAUCAUUUUGAUUUUUCUAUGACUUAAUAUACUUAAUAAAACUUAUUUCACACCGGAUUUAUUAAUACCAACAGCA